AUGCAGUGUUUGGAAGAUAUGGACGUAGUCUCACCAUUACCAUCUAAAGUGUGUCAAUCAUUUGCUAAUUCUUGUCAAAUACCUUACAUUCCUCACGUUAAGAAUGACGUGAUAUCGAGAAUUAAUCAAGAGUUUGACACUUUAGACGCCGUUCAAAAUUUUUACAACAAUUAUGCGAAAGAGUCGGGAUUUGGUACGCGAGCACAUUCUAACAGGAAGAAUGGGGAUAAACAAGUCAUUAGGAAAAAGUAUGUUUGCUGCAAAGAAGGUAAGUCGGUGCCCAAAAAACCUAUACAAAAUAGUGGAUCCUCUAAAUGGCGUGGGGGGAUAAUUAGAGAGAAUUGUGGCGCGAAAUUGGCUAUUGUGAGAGCCAAGUUCGGUGACAAGUAUGUUGUCUCCCAAUUUGUUGAGGCACAUAACCACCCUCUUGCAUCUCCAAGGAGGUGCAAUCAGGAGGUUUGGAAAAAUGUUGGGGUUGGACUGCAAGAUCUCUAUAAUACUGAAAGGGAUAUAAGGAAUGCGUUACUAGGGCAAGAAGCCAAUAUAUUGUAUGAGUAUUUCCAAAUUCAACAACAAAAGAACUCAGGGUUUAUGUUUACAAUGGAGAAAGAAGAUGAAAGGAGGUUGACUCAUUGUUUUUGGGCGGAUGCCACGUCUAGAAAGUCGUACUUGUAUUUUGGGGAUGUUGUGAUUUUUGAUACAACGGUUAAUCACCACAGGCAGACUACGUUAUUUGGGUGUGGGCUUUUAACUGAUGGAUCAAGUGAUUCUUUUGAGUGGCUUUUCAAAGAAUGGUUGAAAGCAAUGCCAAGAGGCCCGCCCAAAAUGAUCAUAACUGAUCAGAAUCUGGCAAUGACAAAGGCAUUUGCUAAUAUUCUUCCAAAUAUGCACCACAGAUAUUGCAUUUGGCAUAUUGUGAGUAAAUUUUCUGAAAAGAUAAGUGCAUUAUCUUAUAAAGAACAUUAUGAUGAGUUCAAACAAUGCAUAUGGAAUUCUGAGAGCCCUGAAGAGUUUGAGGCUAAAUGGGUAGAUGUUGUACACAAAGCCAACUUAUCCUCCAAUGAAUGGUUGAAAGCCAUGUAUGAAAUCCGUGAGAGAUGGAUUCCGGCAUUUGUGAAACACAUGUUUUCCGCCCACAUGACCAGUAGUCAAAGGGCUGAGAGUUCUUAUUCUUUCUUCAAGAAGUAUGUUUCUUUAAAUAAUUCAUUGUACGACUUUGUCACGCAGUUUGCUAGGGCGCUUUCUCACAUACGGCAUAAUGAAUUGGAUUUGGAUCAUAAAGAUCUCAAUGAGAAGCCACAAUCGAAAACAUCAUUUCCCAUGGAGUCUACAAUGAGUGAGUUGUAUACAUUGGCCAUAUUUAACAAGUUUCAAGAUGAACUCUUUCAAAUUGGGGCGUACAUGGUUAAGAUGACACAUGAGGAUGAACACUAUCGUUUCUACAUUGUUGAGAGAGCAAAGGUGAGUGAGUCGAGGGUUCGUAAUCUUUUGGUAAAUAAGUCAUCAAAACAUGUAAGUUGCAGUUGUAAGCUAUUUGAAUGUAAUAGAAUUCCAUGUCGGCAUUUGUUGUCUUACUUCAAUAGAAUGCAGAUCCUUGAUCUGCCUCAUAAGUUCAUCUUGGCGAGGUGGAUUAAAUCAGCAAAAAUUAAAACAGUUGUAGAUGAUUUGGGUGGGUCUGUCAAAGAAAUAUGUGACACUUCUGUGUUCGAAAGGUAA